AUGGAGAGCUGUUGCGAGAUGGUGCCAUUCCCUUUGCUAAUGACACCAAUCGAAUCCAAUUACAGGGCAUGCACCAUCCCUUACAGAUUCCCAUCGGACAAUCCCAAGAAACCAACAACCACCGAGCUCUCUUGGAUUGAUCUCUUCCUCAAUUCCAUCCCCUCUUUCCGAAAACGGGCCGAGAGUGAUGAUACCGUUUCUGAUGCUCCCAUCAGAGCUGACAAGUUUGCUCAAAGGUAUGCUGAAAUACUGGAGGAUUUUAAGAAAGAUCCUGAAAGUCACGGUGGGCCACCAGAUUGCACUCUUCUUUGUCAGCUUCGUGAGCAAGUCCUUAGGGAAGUGGGAUUCAAAGAUAUAUUCAAGAAGGUUAAGGAUGAAGAAAACACCAAGGCAAUAUCCUUAUUUGAGGAUGUAGUUCAUCUUAAUGAUGCUAUAGAGGAUGAUGCCAAGCGUGUUGAGAAUCUGGUUAGAGGAAUAUUUGCAGGGAACAUAUUUGAUCUUGGUUCUGCACAGCUUGCAGAGUUAUUCUCAAAGGAUGGAAUAUCCUUUACCGCUAGUUGUCAAAAUCUUGUCUCUCGACCUUGGGUAAUUGAUGAUUUGGACACUUUUAUAUUAAAAUGGGGCAGGAAAUCUUGGAAAAAGGCUGUCAUUUUUGUGGAUAAUUCUGGUGCUGACAUAAUAUUGGGUAUAUUGCCAUUUACGAGAGAGUUACUCCGCCAUGGGACACAGGUUGUGUUGGCAGCUAAUGACUUACCUUCUAUCAAUGAUGUAACUUACCCUGAACUAAUUGAGAUUAUUUCGAAGUUGAAGGAUGAACAUGGGCAUCUUGUUGGCGUUGAUACUUCCAAUCUUUUGAUUGCGAACUCUGGCAAUGAUUUGCCGGUUAUAGAUCUUAGUAGAGUAUCGCAAGAGCUUGCCUACUUGGCCAGUGAUGCAGACUUGGUUAUUUUGGAAGGAAUGGGCCGUGGAAUAGAGACAAAUCUCUAUGCUCAAUUGAAAUGCGAUUCACUCAAGAUUGGGAUGGUGAAGCACCCAGAGGUUGCUCAGUUCCUCGGAGGAAGACUGUAUGACUGUUUCUUCACAAUGAUGUUAUCCAAGCCAUUUGAUGUCCUAUAUCUAACAGUUGCAACACCAGGAUCAACCUCUGCUCCACAUGAUUCAAACAGAUCAAUGAAUUUUCCCACCCAGUCAAAUCAUCCGGUGAACAACCCCAGACCAGAAGAUAAUGAGGCUUCAGAAAGAGGAAGAGAGAUUUGGAAAGGGUGCACACAGCCAUUCCACAUAACAGGGGGGGGGGGAGUGUAA